ACUUGGUUGGACUUGGGUGGGGGCCUGGAGUGGGUUUGGGGUUCCCAGGGUGGAGUCUGGGGACUGGGGGCCUGUAGAGGCAGGGCCUGGAGACUGGGGGUUAUCGGUACGGGGCCUGGAGAAGGAAUAGGGUGUCUAGGGUGGAGACUGGGGACUGCGCAGUUAUAGGGGUCUGGAGAGGGUAUAGGGUCUCUGGAGAUCGGGGGUUAUAGGGGCGGUGCCUGGAGAGGCUGAGGCGUCCCUGGGAUGAAGCGUGGUGUUUGGGGUUAUAGGGGCAGGACCUGCAGAGGUUCUGGGGUCCCUAGGGUGGAACCCGGAAAUUUGGGGUUAUGGGGGCGGGGCCUGGAGAGGCUGUGGGUCCCUGGGAUGAAGCCUGGUGUUUGGGGGCGAUAGGGGAGGGGCCUGGAGAGUACAUGGGGUCCCCGGAGUGGGGACUGGGGACUGGGGAGUCUUAGGGGUGAGGCCUGGAGAGCUAAGGGCGUUGGAGGCUGGACCUGGAGAGUGCAUGGGACCCUUACGGUGAAGCCUGAGAAUUUCGGGAGCUGGGGACCGCCCUCAUGUGUGACUUGCGGCGGCCGGCGGCAGGUGGAAUGAUGGACUUGGCCUACGUCUGUGAGUGGGAGAAAUGGUCCAAGAGCACCCACUGCCCGUCGGUACCCCUGGCCUGCGCCUGGUCCUGCCGAAAUCUCAUCGCCUUCACCAUGGACCUGCGCAGCGAUGACCAGGACCUGACCCGCACGAUCCACAUCCUGGACACGGAGCACCCCUGGGACCUGCACUCCAUCCCCUCGGAGCACCGCGAGGCCAUCACCUGCCUGGAGUGGGAUCAGUCAGGCUCCCGGCUCCUGUCAGCAGACGCCGAUGGCCAGAUCAAGUGCUGGAGCAUGGCGGACCACCUGGCUAAUAGCUGGGAGAGCUCCGUGGGCAGCCUGGUGGAGGGGGACCCCAUUGUGGCCCUGUCCUGGCUGCACAACGGUGUGAAGCUGGCCCUGCACGUGGAGAAGUCUCUCCCCAGGGACCGCCGUUGUCACCGCAUGGCUGCAGUGCACACAACACCAGCUUCAUGCCCCGGGGGCCCUCCAGGGCGUGCUCCCCACCCUGCUGUCCCUGUUUGUCUGUGUUUCCUGGUUUUGGUAACAGUUUUAUUGGGAUCGAGUUCACAGACCACGGAACUAACCCACUGAGAGUGCACAGCCCACACGGUCCAGAGGCUUCGCAUAACUCACCAUGCUAUGCAGCCACCACCACAGCUAACCGCAGACUUUUAUCGUUUUUUUGAGACUGAGUUUCGCUCUAUCCCCCAGGCUGGAGU